AUGCAAGGUAUGGGACACGUUCUUGCGCUCGCUCAAAUGGCAGUGAGGGACUCUUUCCUCGGCCCGAUAUUGAGAGAUCCGUUGGAACCUACUGCAUCGCAGCCCGUGCUGCUAGAGUUGCAAAGUCAACUACCGGCACUGGUUACAUUCAUUGAAGGGAGAACUGACCUCUCGGAGGCCGAACGAAAACUAUAUCUUACUGUCAUUUCCCUCUUCGAGCCCGCUUUCCAGAUAUCGCUGCCUGCUCGAGUGGAUAACCGGGAGCUACGUUUCCUAUUCUUUUGGCCUCUGCAAUUAGGACCAGACUUCAUGGAAGCUAUUCAACAGCGAAGGUCAGGCGCGAUCGUAAUCCUCUUGUACUAUACGACCAUGUUCCAUGCAGCUGAAACGCGAUACUGGUUCAUGGAGGGCUGGGGACAGCGGGUAUCGAAGGCAUGCCACCAGGCCAUUGACCAGAGCUGGGCGCCCGCUAUUCAAUGGCCUCUAUCUUUUCUGGAGCAAGGAGACUCAUGGAGCUUGUUCGCAAACGUCAUAAACCGGGGACAGGCUUCUGGGUCGGCACCAGCUUCUCAGCAGCCAUCGGCAGAAACAACACCUCAGCGAGAGGCUCCAACUAUCGGAUCUUCAACGUCUGGCGCCGAGCCGUCGCAAUCUUACUCUAUCCAGCGACGAGGCUCGAAGUACGCCGUUCAGAUGGGUGCUGCAGAGGACGAACAAGUUCCGGGCGAAGACGAAUACUAG